AUGCAAAAGGUGCAUAGUAUUCCAUAUGCUAUGCAUCCUGUCAGAAACAAGUUAUACCGUGAUCUUCGUGAGCUGUGUUGGUGGCCUGGAAUGAAACACGAAGUUACCGAUUACGUGAGUAAGUGUCUGACUUGCCAGCAAGUUAAAGCUAAGCAUCAGCUGCCUUCUGGGUUAUUGCAGCCAAUUUACAUCUCGAUUCUCCAAGAAGUUACACGAGGAUUUGGGUACAAGAUUGAACUUCAGUACUGUGUUCCACCCCCAGACAGACGAUUAGUUAGAAGGGUGAUUCAGAUACUGGAGGACAUGUUAAGAUGCUGUGUAAUUGAUUUUCGAGGCAGUUGGGAAGACUACUUGUCAUUGGCAGAGUCUGCUUACAACAACAAACUUGGUGAGCGGCGAGUUUUGGGGCCAGAGUUAGUUUCUGAUACUGAAUUAGUUUCUGAUGCUGAAGAAAAGCUUGAAUUGCCUCCAGAUUUAGACAAGAUUCAUGAUGUGUUCCACGUUUCCAUGCUUAGGCGUUACCACUCUGAUCCCACACAUAUUGUGCCAGUUGAGGAAAUUAAGGUUAGGACUGAUUUGACUUUCGAGGAAGAACCGGUGCAAAUACUGGAUCGUGAUGUCAAAGUGCUGAGAAGGAAAUCUAUUCCAUUGGUCAAGGUGUUUUGGCGUAAUCAUAGUUUAUAG